AUGUUGAAAAAUUCUGAAGAAGGAAGAGGAAAACCGAAAUCAUUUGAAAUAUUAAGUAAGACCGAAUUCAAGAUAUCCGAUAUACAGACGUGUGGUAAUUAUGUGAUUUACCUAACUUUGGUUUAUUUUUUUAUGGUCCUAUCGCAGGUAUGUAACCUGCUCUUCAUGACAUUUGCCGAUCGAAAGCCUAAAGUAGAAGAUGUCUGUGAAAAGGAAUACCCGGGUUAUAUGCCAACAAAGACCUGCAAUGUAAGCAAUUGUUGGGUGACAACAAACCAAAGUGGUAAUGUCAUAUGUUCUACAAGGACCUAUGAUUUCAUUCCUAUAAGUUAUGAUUUCGAUAUACCAGUUGAAUAUGUUAAACUGGGUACAACUGUACAAAACAUUGGUUUAAUGGUUGGUGCCAUUGUAGCUGGCAAUCUUGCUGAUAUAUUUGGCCGAAAGAAAAUACUACUAUCAUUUACUGUCGGUUUAAUAAUAUUUCUUAUUGCUACACCAUUUUCACCAUCCUUCACUGUAUUCACCAUUUUUCGCUUCUUCGAUAUGAUCUUCACUGGAGGGAAACAUUGUGUUUGCAAUCCUUAUUUUAUGGAAAAUUUACCCGACAAGCAUCGAAUGUGGGUAGCUACUGUUAUUACGUAUUCACCAAAUUAUAUCAUCUUAGCUGGUAUCGCAUACUUAUGUAAGAAAUGGAAAAUUCUGUCAUGGGUAGCUGCUUCCAUUACAGUACUGCCUCUGAUUACAAUACCGUUUCUAAUGGAUACACCACGAUGGUUGAUAAAAAAAGGAAGGAGUGAGGAAGCAUCAAAGGCAGCAGUUUACAUCCGGAAAUGGGAUGAAAACCUUACACCGGAAAGGAAAGAGCAAAUUGUUGCUGUUGUUCGAGAAGCUGCCAAAGAGGAGUUGUCAAAAAUGAGAAAAGGAAAGAAGAAUUAUUACUUUUAUCAUUUAUUCAGCGAUUGGAAAUUGGGCAGUUAUGCAGUAGUAUUUGCUACCAGUUUAUUUUCGACAAGUUUUAUCAGUUAUGGCAUUGCAUACAACAUGGAUGCGUUGGCGGGUACAGUUUAUAUUAAUGUUAUUAUUCUGGGCGCUGCAAGGUGGGCUAUUAAUAUAUCCGCUGCCGGACUUGAAUUUUCAAUCCAAAGUAUUGGACGACGCUUACUUCAUCUUGUUGCCGUUGGAUUUAUUGUUGUUAUUAUGGGGAUUAUUUUCAUCAUUUAUUUAUUUACAUGGCCAAGAAUUAACACUUAUAAAGCAGUUGUAAAGGCUGGUGGCACAGGUGAUGGGUCGAUCCAUGCAAUCAUCAUGUUCACUAGAUAUGCCUCUCUUUUGGCAGCAGCGAUGUGCACGGAAUUAUUUGUCCUGGACGCGGUGCAGCCAACUGAGCUAUUCCCGACACCAGUACGGAGUGCAGGCAUCGCUUUCAUCCAGACAUUCAAUCGACUCGGCACCAUUGUUAGCCCGCUUGUGUUUAUCCCGAGCAAGCACUGGCCACCGGCGCCAUUCCUUUUGAUGUUGAUAACGAGCGCAACCGACUUCUUACUCUAUUUCUUCCUCGUACCCGAGACUCGGGGCAAGAAAUUGCCCGACAACAUGCCAGGUGAAGAAUAUGCUCAUGAAAGUCGCACUCAGAGUACAGAUUCCACAGAGAAUGCGAAAAUAGGUGAAGGUUCAACUCAUAAGAUCACAUCUUCAGCGUCACGACAGGAUGAGAAAAAAGAGGCGAUAAAGAAAGGGAACAAAGUCGAGGAUAAUGAGAAAGAGAGCAAUGAUGAUGAAAAAAAGGUGGGAGAGAAAGGAAAAAAGAGAGAGAAUGGAGGAGAUGAAGAAAAAAAGGAGGAGAAAAAAGAAGAGGGAAAGCAGCAAAACAGCACUGAAGAGAGCAAACAGGAAAAGAGCAAAACAGAGAGCAGCAAAAAUGAAGAGAGAGAGGGGAGCUAA